CUUGACAGUGUCGUUUACUUGUCAUUAACGUACACGAUCAUAUAUCUUGACAGUGUCGUUUACUUGUCAUUAACGUACACGUUCAUUUAUCUUGACAGUGUUGUUUACGUGUCAUUUAUGUACACGAUCAUAUAUCUUGACACUGUCGUUUACUUGUCAUUAACGUACACGUUCAUUUAUCUUGACAGUGUCGUUUACUUGUCAUUAACGUACACGUUCAUUUAUCUUGACAGUGUUGUUUACGUGUCAUUUAUGUACACGAUCAUAUAUCUUGACACUGUCGUUUACUUGCCAUUAACGUAG